GUCUUAGUUGGAAGUUUAUUCAAAACAAUGGAAGGACCUUUAUGUAGCAGAUGUAACCACGUGAUCAGCAACAAGUUUGUAUUUCAGGUGGACGGGAAAUUCUGGCACGGCGAUUGCGUCGUUUGUUCCGAUUGUGAAUGCCCAUUGUCUAACCGUUGUUACGUCAGAAAUGAAGAAUUAUUUUGCAGCGACGACUUUUGUCGUCGCUUCGGUAAGAAAUGUGGGGGGUGCGGGGGUGCAUUGUACCCCAACGACCUCGUGCACAAAGUCGGGCAGAUAAACUCCGUGUUUCACGUUCGAUGUUUCGUAUGCUAUGUUUGCAACAAUAACCUUGAACCUGGGAAGCCUUUUCAAGCUAAUGAAAGAGGGCUGCUCUGUAAGGAUGAUUACGUAGCGAUGACGUCAUCAGGAGAUUCCGAAGAAGAAGUUUGGGGAGAAAGUAAUGCACACGUCAUCAGUGACGUCACAGGGGUGGCAUCGGAAGUGAAAAUGACGAAACAAUUGAUCGACGAGGGUGAGGCUAAACCUGGGGUGUGGGAAAAUGAAGGAGGCGAAGUAUCAAAGUUGGCGGGGUUUGAGAACCGACAUCCUGGCCAAGAUGAUGAAGAUUCCUUGAUGUCGCAACAAACGAAAGAUUCGAGCGCGUCGACCGCGAUUGACACGUCACCACCCCAACAAGGAUGCAUCGCGAUUGCAGCGACGAAGCGUCGUGGACCGCGGACGACGAUAAAAGCAAAACAAUUGGAAACGCUGAAAAAUGCUUUCCUUAGCACCCCUAAACCCACACGUCAUAUCCGGGAGAAGUUGGCGCAAGAUACAGGCCUCUCGAUGCGGGUGAUUCAGGUUUGGUUCCAGAAUCGUCGAAGCAAAGAAAGAAGAAUUAAACAAUUAAACACGAUGGUAGCGCGACGUCAGUACUUUGAUCACGUGCCCAAUAUUGACGUCACAAAUGAACAAAGAUUUUAUGCAGAUCCUCACUACUACCCACAACAACAACCCAACUAUUACCCAACCGCCGCCAACUUCAACGACAGUAGAAUCUCACCAACAGAAAGUGAAACCUGGAUUCAUAGAAUAGAUGACAACCAUCAUGUGUAUGAUGACAUCAUGUAUGAUGACGUCACUCAAUCUCAGAACGGGGGGUUCCCUGGGUUCGCGCCCCGAACCGCGGAAGGCGCGAUUUGCGAACAAAGCGGAAAAUCUAUUGUUUACUGGAAUGCAGCGUGAUCAGUGACGUCAUAAUGCUCCUAUUGUUUUGGUUCUUGUAAAUUCCAUUUUUAUCGUACAGUUCCAAUUGUGACGUCAUAAAUAUAGAUUAUGUAUAAAGAUGAUUGUGACGUAAGAAGCAUCGAUUGUUAUCAACAAUGGGAGUUGUGAAACUUUGAUAUUCGGGAAAAUCUUCAAUUCAUCAAAAUCAUAGAGCAGAAAGUUGGCGCCGAGUUUCACGAUUUUAAUAAAAAUUUACAGCGUGCGGCUUCCUCGGA